AAUGUAGUUCACGUGAAAUCUUGUAAUUCACUGUGAAAUUAGUUUAUAGCUUUUACAUGGUGACCACAAAUCACGUUCCCAUCCAGUUUUUAUGCGAGUAAAGUCAUACAUAUUGUCAUAGAAACUGUUCCGUUAAAUAACAAAUGUUACUGCCUAUUCCGGUCUUGACACAUGCGCUCUAGCCAACAGCUCGCAGAUAAAGUGCACGUAGGUUAUGACAUGAUUAUAUUUGUCAAACGGCAGUCAAGCAUCGAUCAUCAUGUCACCAGAAUAAGACCCUCGAUAUUUAUUGGAAAACAGCACCAAGCUCAUCACUGUACUUUCACCACCCUGUGAAGUAAACCAUCGUUUCAUCUGUAGCCUAAUAAACGAAUGAAAAUUAGAUUUGUUUUUCCAAGCAGACUGCGGAAGAAGCAUUUUAUUUCUUCAUUAUCGUCGCUGCUGGUGAUCUGUGCCUUGCUGCUGCUCUGCCUAAAGGUCACCGUUAAAAACAGUGUGACUAUUGAACAGUACGGAACUACCGUAGGCUACGAUGACGUCGAGCCUCCCCACAGCUACAACAUUGACUGCAAUGCCAUCUACAACAUGGAUCCGGCCGAGGUGGGGAAGUCACUGGUCUUCAGAAAACAAGGGGUGGUGUGGGAGCAGGAUGAGAGCUUGAUCAACCUGACCUCUAACUGCCCACGCUACCUCCGCUCCCGGGGCUAUGGCACCGUCCAGGUGUCCGAGGAGGAGGAGGCCUUUCCACUGGCUUACUCCCUGGUGGUCCACAAAUCUGCCUUCAUGGUGGACAAGAUCCUCCGGGCCAUCUACACCCCUAACAAUAUCUACUGUAUCCACUACGACCUGAAGUCAUCAGAACUGUUCAAAGAGGCAAUGGAGGGUCUGGCCCGCUGUCUGCCCAACGUCUUUAUCGCCUCUAAGCUGGAGACAGUGAUGUACGCCAGCAUUAGCCGCCUCAAAGCCGACCUUAACUGCCUGUCUGACCUCAUGGGGUCAGAGGUCAAGUGGAGGUAUGUCAUCAACCUGUGCGGUCAGGACUUUCCCUUGCGCUCCAACAUAGAGCUGGUGGCCGACCUGAAGAAGCUCCAGGGGGGUAAUAUGAUGGAGACGAGUCGUCCAAGCAAAUACAAGAAGCAGCGUUUCUCCUUCCACCACAAGCUGCAGGACGCCGCCUUCGAGUACAUCCAGAUGCCGGUGAAAACCGACAAGGCCAAGGAGCCUCCCCCACGCGGCAUCCAGAUGUUCAUCGGGAGUGCCUACUUCGUGCUCUCGUGGGAGUUUGUAGCCUAUGUGAACACGUCUACAUUGGCUAGGGAUUUCCUGGUGUGGUCGAACGACACCUACUCCCCAGACGAACACUUCUGGGCCACUCUGACACGGGUGCCGGGCGUGCCGGGCGAGGUGCCCCGGGCCCAGGCCGACAUCACAGACCUAAUGAGCAAGACCAGGCUGGUGAAGUGGAGUUACCUGGAGGGACCACUUUACCCAACAUGCACAGGGAAACAUGUCCGCAGUGUGUGUAUAUAUGGGGCUGGGGAGCUGUACUGGCUUAUGAACUACGGCAGCUGGUUCGCCAAUAAGGUGGACCCCAAAGUUGACCCAGUCCUUAUCCAGUGUCUGGAGGAGAAAUUAGAGGAGAAACAGAGACUCUUGGUCAAGGCUAAGAAGUCACAACCAAAGACUCCCUCCUCUGGAAAAUGUUAAAUUAGUUGAUGAAUGAAUGAUUGGUUGAUUAAUAAUUGCUUGAUUCAUGUUGGAAUAUGGACUACUGUAAUUACAGCACCAUUUUAGUUUUUUAGUUUUUUUACAGUUUUUGUGUGUGACUUGAUUAUGUCAGAAACUUAAUUGAGGUGUGCUUUAAGGUACUAAUGAAAGAUGAAGUGGAAUGCUGGAUGAGAGACUCUGUCGGGUCUCUGGGUUAGAGUUAAACUAUUGUUUUGCACCUUGAUACUUGACGUGAGGAAUGUUUGUCAUAGCCUGACUUGAAUGUGAUAUGGAUCAGGGUAACAUAACCAGGGCAUAACCUCUGUUCACAGGGUGAAAGCCUGUGACAACCAGUGUAUAAUGACUAUGUAUAUUUAACUAAUACCCACUGGGCACAAACUGGUUGAGUCAAAUCAAAAUGUAAUUUUAUUUGUCACAUACACAUGGUUCGCAGAUGUUAUUGCGAGUGUAGCGAAAUGUUGUUUCCACAUAAUUUCAAUCAAAUUACGUUGAACCAACAUAGAAUAGACGUUGAAUUGACAUCUGUGCCCAGUGGGUACUGACAGACAGGCGUGAAUGAUUAUGGCGACUCUGUGCACAUGCACAGCCAGACAGAACAGAUUAUAUGCAGCCUUGUUAAAUGCUGUAGCCUAUUCACUGUGAGAACAUUUUGGCCAAAGUAAAAUGUUUUGACUGGUGAUUUCUAAAGUGAUUUCUCUGUUUCUCAAAGCAAUACUCAAUCCAGAUGUUGUUUUAAUGAUUUAAAUGAAAGAGUAUUUUUAAGAGAUAAAUAAAUGUGAAAAAAAGCGGGGCAGAGACAUAGAAAGUGUUUGUAUUCCGAAGGAGGAGUUUACUUUUGACUCCAGAUUGAGGUCAAAGACCACAUGUUGUCCUCUCACAUCCCAUGUUAGAAGGGGACAUGCAGAUCUGUAUCAUGACUACCUCUCAAACCCAUAAAAUAAUUGUGAAUAUUGGUGCAACAAGCUCUGCUUUGCUCUUUAUCUAUCUUAGUAUCAUCUGUCACAUACCCAAACUGUCAGGACGUUUCGCAUAAAUAAACCCCUAGUUUAUUUAAUAAAUGUACCCACAUGAUAAUGCAGUAUAAUGAGUAUUUAAUGGGGAAUCAGAGGGUAAACAGGGGAAAUGUCAGCUCUGGAUCAAUAGUUUCCACCACACUUAACAGCUGCCUAAAGUUGCCUUUACAAACAGAGUAAAGCCAAUAAUGAUCACACAUGAACACUCCUAUUAGAAGUGAAACAGCCUUUUUAUACCAGGUUUUCGAAUUGAGAAACUCCAUGGCAGUAGAGUUUCAGAAAUUAUUUAAAAAAAAUAAAUGAAAUCAACCUACACAUCGUGAAAACAUUGUAAUAAGCACAUAAUGACUAGGGAAGGUAGCAGACAUUUUGGUUCUUGUGUUUUACUUGUCUUUGAAUAAAAGUUGGAUUUUAACUGGUCAUACUGUAUAUUCAAAAACCUUUACUACUCAGAUUAGAAAAGAGUUUUACUACUAAGACUUUUACUACUCAGAUUAGAGGGAUUUAGUGAGGCUAACUCACUGAAAGUUAUUAUAAUGUCUGCCAGUGUUUGUGUUAGGCAUUGGCAUCUCCAUACAAUGUUAAUUAGUUAUGUUACGUUCCUCAGCAAGAAAGACAAAAAUGUUCCUCAAACAGAAGGCGGAACUAACAAAGAGUCACUGACAACAAACAAAUCGAAACAGAUGGGGUUUUAGGACAGGUUCUGAAAGACAAUUGUGGGGGUGUCCACUGAAUGUUGACUAGCAACAACAACGGGGACCUAAAAGACACCCACCAUGAGUACCCACUAAAUUGACCCAAUAAGAGGCCAACAAAAGAAAAACCCACACCAAACUUAAAGACAGGAAGCAAACCAAAAAGUGGAGCUACAUGAGAGCUACAGUCUGGGUACCAGCCUUUUAAGCUAACAUUCCACUCCUGCAAAUAACAGGAGUGGCAAGGAGUAGAAUGUAAUAGCUAAACAGACAGCAAUCAGGCUAAGAUGACCUGGGUCGUUACACAAAAUGAGACCCUUUUUGGUAGUGUAACUUGGUAAAAAAAAUGUAUAUGAUUUAUUUCACCAAAUUGUUAUAUUCUGUCAUGAAGAGUACAUGUUCAAAUAAAUGUAAAAAUCAUGUUUUCCCAUUCCUUAAAUAUUAAAUGAAUAUAGUAAGUGAAAAUAAAGUAACAGGCUUGACCAUAACAGGGUUGAUGAUUUCAUCUUAAAUCAUCCAGAAAUCCCCCUGUGACAGGGGAAGCUUGUUGUGUGCAACAGGGAGAUUCAAUUGAAUGCAAGCCUCACAAAAAAAUCUAAAAGGUAUUUAUGGGUAACAGGGUUGAAGUGUUAUUUCUCGGCUCAAUCAUUUUUCCAACACAAAACACCAGAAAAUGUCCAGAAAGAGUAGAUCCAGCCUGCUUUUACCCUAUGAUUUUACUAUUAGAUGUUCUGUUUCUUAAAAAAAACAUUUAAAAAUAAAUCGUUCCACCAUA